AAAAAGAGUUUCCGAACUACUUUCUCGGAAACCUAAAGAGAUUUCGAUAGCUCGGAAACCCUAAGUGGUACCCGAGAAUACCCUUUCGGUUUCCGAAUCACUUUCUCGGAAACCAAAAGCGUUUUCGAAUGGCUUUCCCGGAAACCUAAAUGGUUUCUGAAAUUUCUGAAAUUCGAAAAGGUAUAGUGAAAAACAGAAAUCAGCUUUCCAACUUCACUUAACUACUGCACACUUUCUAGGCUUGGAAACUUUCACAAUGAGUUUCUAAAGCGUUUUAGAGCACAACAAUUUUUCCAGUGGAGAAAGUUCGCGUUUCAAAUUCAUGUUUGGGUCAUGAUUCUGUUCUUCAUUUCUGGAAUUCUAAGAGAAUCGAAAGCACUUAGGGCUUUCAUGCAACACGUUUGAUUAUAUAUGUGCAGUUCAUAGCUUUCAAUAAAUAUAAACUUAAAUCUAAUUUUUUUCUUUAUUUGGGUCUAUAUGAAUUUCCAUUACUAAUUCUGGUAAGUCAACUGAUUUACAUAAACUUAAAACUAAUUUCUUUUUGUUUAUUUAGGUGUAUAUGAAUAUCCAUUAAAAUGUCGGGUCAGGGCUGCCAACCGUACCCAUUUUGGGGUACAAUAUCCCAUGUCGACAUUUUGUACCCCAGAAAAUUUCGUACCCCAGGGGUACAUAUUUUGUACCCCAUUUCAAUUUUUAAGUCUGGAAUGUGAUAAAACACCAUAUCAAGUGCGUACUGCACUAAAUAUUGAAGCAACAACUAUUCACGACGAGCUGCAUACAGUUUUUGGUGAUGAAGCUCCUUCUUAUCGAACAGUUGCUAGAUGGGCUCAAUGGGUUCGUGAAGGUCGAGAAGAAAUUGAAGAUGAAGAGCGAUCUGGAAGACCUGUAACUGAGACUACUCUUGACAAUAUCGAAGAAAUUCGUAGUAUUGUUAACGAUGAUCCUCAUGUUACAAUAGCAGAAUUACAGGAACAUACUGGUCUAAGCUAUGGCACCGUUCAUCGAAUAUUAUCGGAUCAUCUGGAACUUAGAAAAAUUACUGCUCAUUACAUACCCAAACAGCUAAAGGAUUAUCAACGAGAUGAAAGAGUUCGAAUAUGCAAAGAAAAUCUAUCAAGAUUUACAGAAGGAGGAUGGCGUUUGUCUGACGUGAUAACAGGUGAUGAAUCGUGGUUUUUCCAUCAGCAAAGUGGUCGAAAAGUUUCCAAUGCUGCUUGGGUGGCAAAAGAUGAUCCUCCACCAACAAUAAUACGACGAAAUAAGUUUGCUCCUAGGACUUUGUUUUGCAUUUUCUUUAAAUCGACUGGUCCUCUUCUAAUCCAUCGUGUCGAACGCGAACAGACUAUCGAUCGCCAUUAUUACAUCGAAAAUUGUUUGCAACAUGUGAUCAAAGAAAUUAAGAAACAAAGACCUUCCUCAGGUACUCAUGCUAUCAAACUUUAUCAUGAUAAUGGACGAGCACAUGUUCAUCAAGAUCUCCUCGAUUAUCUUCGUUCAGAGGGAAUUGCUAUAGUACAACAUCCGCCAAAUUCUCCAGAUCUAUCUCCCUGUGAUUUUUGGUUAUUCGACCUUAUCAAACGAAAUCUAGCUGAUCAACCUAAUUUCGAAAGGUUACAUCGCGCCAUAACCGAGUUGAUGUAUUCUUUGGAUAAAGAUGAGUAUAGAAAAACGUUUGAGAAAUGGAUUCAAAGAAUGCAGUUGUGUGUAGAUAAUCAAGGGGAUUACUUUGAAUAUUUAAUCAAAUAAAACUUAUUGAACUUGCUCAUGUAUUUUCUAGUAUGCCGAUAUGAAUAAACGAUAAAGUCUCAGAAGAGACGAGAGAAAAGAAUAAAGAAAAGAUCACGAAAAGAAUGCAUAUUGGAGACACUGUGAACUUCUGUAACCGAUACACAUGUUAGGCAAACUAGUUUUAUUAGAAUUUUGUUAUUAUAAUGUCAAGUGAAGUAGGAUCAAAUAGCAUAGAAAGAAAGAGCAUUUUCCACUCUAUUAUCCUAUGUAGAAAGAAUUUUUUAUCAACCCUAAAAUAUGGUAAUAAAAUAUCGUUGCCACUACUUUUGGAUACCCCUAAGUACAUAUUCUAUUAGAUAUAUCUCUAAUUGCAGAUUUUCUCUUUAAUGAAUUUGAUGGGAAUCUUCGUUGUCUAUUUAUUAGAGUUAUUCGUGAAGGGUGUUCAGGUAAAAGUUGCAUCAUUUACAGUUGUCUAUCGCCGAUACAGUGCUGUCAAGUUCUUGGAAAGCCUACCUUCAGUAAACGUCAGAAGCAGAAAAGUUUUUGAAAAAAUAUUGUUGCCUGAAUAAAUCUUCUAAGUAAAUUUAGCCAGCAUAUCAGUCGUAGAAUAAUCUAUAUGAUUGAUGGAUCAGUGAUAAAGUUAUUCAAGUAGCAGAUUAAAGAAAAAUUUUAUACAAAAUUCAUGCAAACAGGUCUCCUGAUGAAAUCUAGUCUUUAGCAUGCAGUUCUCUCCUUUUUUACGAAUCGAAAACGGAACUGAGUAAAAAGCAUUUAGUCAAAAUGAAAUCUAUUGGAACAUAUGCACUCUGUACGCAUAUCAAAUUCUAAAGAGUAUGAAAUAGGGAAAAUAUAGAUUGAACAAUUUUAUUUUUCAUGACCCUCAAAAAUCUACCCACUUUAUCAUAUAGCUAGCUGCAAAUGCUAUUUAAUCUAGAGCUUUUUGAAGCCUAAAUUCUAUUGAAACAAAAACAAGCGAAGCAUGAAAGCGCCAUGGAAAUCGAUGCAGAAAAAUUGAAAAAUUCACGAUGAUUCUUCGUAUGUCCGCAUUUCACUGAUAGCCUCAGUCCGCUUUACGUCUUUUAUAGAUGGUUCCUAAUGUUAUUU